AGUUGUCCUGGUGUUCGAUGUAUAAAUUUGUUGUAAGAUUAUCUAAAAUAAAAAAAAAUUUGUUUACUGUGCCGCAAUGAACGUUGAGGGCAUGAAGUGUGAUGAGAAUUUGGCUGCCUAUCGCGAAACGUUGCUGAACAGCAAGAGAGUGCUUUAUUGGUGCCGGCGGCUGAAUUUGAUGCCCGAUGAGGUGCAGAAACUGUCGCCGCAGCAGAUAAAGUCCCGCAAAUUGUUAGUGCAACAGGCGGAAGAGCUAGAGGAGCUUCGCAGGAAGCAAUUCAAACGCUGGCAAAAUCUCAAUGAACUGCGCUGGCUCAUGUACGAGGAGCAGCGCAAAUAUAAUGUGAAAUGUGGUCAGCAAGCGACGGACACUUCCAUCUGGCAGAUCUUGUCCUUAGCACAAUACGAGCUGGAAAAGGAGUUAGACAUGCCAAGUCUUCGCGGCGACUGUCCUCGUUUUCCCUCGCCCAUGUCUGUUGCGUAUACCAAUCGUGAGUCAGACAGUACGAACAAUGUACUCAAACCACUAACACCUGUAAUCAUGGGAUUGAGCGAGUCUCAAAACAUACAAUUGUCGGAAGAAAAAUUAACGACACUCGCAAGCAACCAAUUGUCGGCAGAGGGACUAACGCCGCUCGCAGACAGGCAAUUGUUGGCAGAUGAACUGACACGCAUCGAAAGUGGGCAAUUUCCGCAAGUGUGGAUAGAGGAGCUGAGGCGACUCGCAAGCAAACAAUUAACAUCUGUAAGAAAUCAAAAAUUCCUAAGUCAAAUGGCCAGUAGCUUAAGACAUUCGAAGUCUAGUAAUAGGGACACUGCGAACAAGAACGCUUCCUUGACCAACGAUGAGCUUGUCGGUAUUCGCCUCCAAUUAAAGGAAAUCAAAAAAUCAACUCGUAACUGCGAUAUGAUGGUUGAUAUGCUAUUUGCAGAAUACAUUAAGCCGAUUUCCCAGUUUAGCAGUAGAUUAGGAUUCAAUAAAACUAAUUAUUGCGAUUGCGACUCGGAAGAAGACAAUAAUACGAGUGCGUUUGAAAUAGAAAGGAAGUGCGAAGGAACUGAAUCUGAUUCCGAUCUGAUCAAUACUGAAUACGAUAGGUAUUCUGAUUAAAAAUUGAAAGUUCAGAAAUUAAAGUGAAAUGGGCAUUGUCAGUUUUUUGGGGCUCCCAGCAGGACACCUGGUCACAAUUUGAUGAGCCGGUUCGCGUAUUUUGGGACUAAGAACAUGCUGGCUGCCUGACCAGUCCGUUAUGGCUCGUUUGCUGUUAAUUAAAUGGACACCUGCACGCCUAAUGCGACACUGUCAGCUAGCCAGCCAGUUUGCAGUCCCUCAGGUUCUCCUGAGCCCGACAAUCGCCAUCAGUUUGCCUUUUUCACACUCGCAAUUCACGUUAAAUGACUGGCUUGAACCUUGUCGUGAACCAUGGCUACCAACCAAAUCGAUGCCAAACUCAUGAAUUGAUAAAUGGCCGGCGAGAUCGAGUAUCGACCGUCGAACAUAGGCAUCGGCAUCGGCAUGGGCAUCGGCAUCGGCAUCGAUGGUCACUGGCUGCUACGUUUGGUUCAUUGCCGGCCUUUGGCGAACUCGUUUGAAAAUUAAUAAGUUUCGAUUUGGAAGCCCCAAGGAGGCGCCGAGUACAACGUUGCCGGGCAGUUUAUCUGUGUGAAAUUCAAUUGAGGAAAUAUAUAUAUAAAUUGCACAAACAAGCUGAACGCCGAAGUUGCAAGGGAGCUAAGGCUGCUGCUGAAGUUGUGGCAUGCAGCAGCAAUAGCAGCAGCAGCUAUCUAGCCGGCCAGAUCCACUAUGUUGUUAAUUAACGCUUGCAAUGGCGUAGAACCCAUUAGCUCUUAAUUACCAUAAACAUGACAAUUCCAUUCGUAAACAAGCAGCCAAGCAGUGCAUUUGCAAGCAGUGCACGCAGUGCAUUAUGCAUAGCAACAAGGUCGUUACCCGUUAGCAACUUGUGGCCAGCAUGCCCAAGCAACACUUUUGUUGCGCUGCACUUUUCUGUUGAAUUAGAAUCUAAAGGAAGCCAAAAUACUAUACAGUUGUUUUUUUUUUUUCAAUUCAACUUUGUAUGCAUGAAUUAUAAUUGACUUUGACAGCAAAGCUACAACAAUAACAAAUUGCAUGCAAAACAAUCAAUCAACGAUAAUUUCUCGCUCAAUUAGACAGCAAACAUGCCAAAUAAAAGAAACAGAGAAACCAACUACAACAACAAUAAAACGAAAAUAAAGUA